AUGAGGGAGAUAACCACGGAAAUUCGUACGGUCUAUUACCGAAAUCCUGAACUCUUCAAAAGUCGAGACAAGGUCAGUGCAGCCAUUGACGAUCUAUGCUGUAUGAUUGGCUGCACUAGAUCUAGCCUUCAUGUCUAUGCAAGUGAAAAGGGUAUUGUUUUCGGUAAUAUUUCUUUCAGUGUGGGAAAUCAGCGGUAUAACUGUACUACCGGCGGCAUUAAAGGAACACCGAUCCCGUCAAAGACCGAUAAGAUUAAAAGUAUGAAAAAUAAGGAUGCACUAUUUAUAUUAGUCGUGAAGAAAGAGACAGUAUUUCAACGAUUGGUCGAGGACGGAUUUUGCAGAAAGUAUCGCUGCAUCUUAAUAACAGCAAAAGGCAUGCCAGACGUCGCAAGCAGAUUCUUUUUGAGAAAAAUGUGGAGUGAGUUUCAGCUUCCUGUGUUUGCACUCGUGGACUUCGAUCCAUAUGGAUUGAAGAUUCUUUCCGUCUUCCGUAAUGGGUCGAAGAACAUGUCGUUUGAUAGUGAGAAUCUCACCACACCAGAUAUUAAGUUGAUAGGUAUGCUGCACAAGGAUAUAGAAAGAUAUCAAAUACGUGAAGAUCUUAAGUUGAAGAUGACUGAUUUUGAUAUAAAGACUGCAAAAUCAUUGUUGAAGAAACCAUAUAUUAGUGAGGAAGAAAAGGAGGGGCUGCGGUAUAUGUUGGACAACGGAAUAAAGUGUGAAGUCGAAGCUUGGUAUUCUCAUGGCAUUGAAUUUUUGUCGAAGGUAGUUUUGCCCCUAAAGAUUCAGAGCAUGGUUGUUCCCGGCCAGCCAAGUGCUUGA